UGGAUAAAUAGCUGUCCAUUCGUUUAUAGAAGUUGUUUUUAAGAGUUAGGAGUGCGUGUAACGUAUAUAUUGUUCGUUCUACUAAUCAACAGUGGUGCAAUCCAUUGGCGUGUGCUACGGCGUGAACGGCAACAACCUGCCGUCGCCGAGCGACGUCGUGAAGCUCUACCAGUCGAAGGGGAUCGACUCCAUGCGCAUCUACUUCCCGAGGAGCGACAUCCUCCAGGCACUAACCGGCUCAAACAUCGCCCUCACCAUGGGCGUCGCCAACGAGAACCUCUCCGCGUUCGCCUCCGACCCCUCCGCCGUGGCCAAUUGGGUCAAGCAGAACGUCCAGGUCUACCCGGGCGUCAACUUCCGCUACAUCGCCGUCGGCAACGAGGUUGAGAGCGGCAACACGCAGAACGUCCUCCCGGCCAUGCAGAACAUGAACAGCGCGCUCUCCGCUGCCGGCCUCAGCAACAUCAAGGUGUCCGUGUCGGUGUCCCAGAAGGGCGUGCUCGCCGGGUACCCGCCGUCCAAUGGCAUGUUCUCCCCCGAAGCGACCUCGUACAUGACGCCCAUCGCGAAGUACCUGGCGAGCACCGGCGCGCCGCUGAUGGCCAACGUCUACCCCUACUUCGCCUACGUGGGCAACCUGCGGGCCCAGAUCGACGACAUCAACUACGCGCUCUUCACGUCGCCGGGCACGGUGGUGCCGGACGGCAGCAAGGCUUACCAGAACCAGUUCGACGCCAUCGUCGACACGUUCUACUCCGCGCUGGAGAGCGCCGGCGCCGGGAGCGUCCCGAUCGUGGUGUCGGAGAGCGGGUGGCCGUCGGCCGGCGGCACGGCGGCGAGCGCCAGCAACGCGCAGACGUACAACCAGAACCUGAUCAAACACGUCGGGCAGGGGACGCCCAAGAGGGCCGGGAGAAUCGAGACCUACAUUUUCGCCAUGUUCAACGAGAACGACAAGAGAGGCGACGAGACGGAGAGGCACUUCGGCCUCUUCAACCCUGAUCAGUCGCCGGCCUACACCAUUAAUUUCUAAAGAACAGCACUUACAGGCUCCAGGCUCCAUACAAUUAAGGAGAUCGAUGAGGAAAGCAACGACUAUAUAGUACGUAAGUUCCAGUUGAAUGUUUGGAUUUGAUCGAAUAAAUUGUUACGUACAUAUACGUAACACUUGCAUGUUUUGGAUAGGCUAGCUAUCUGUCUUUUAAUUUAAGCAUGAGAUGUGGUAAGCUUGUAGCCCGGCCGGCAGAUUUGUUGCAUAAUUCCUGUGCAUGCAUGUUUCGUUUUGUUGAAUAAUUCCUUUUUUUUAGUUCAUGUAUACAGCAUUAGC